AUGGAGAUCCUCGUAGAGGAGAGCGGGUGUGGGAGCGACUCCUCAGCUGCUCCUCUGUCAGAGGAGUCUCGAGAGGAUGACAAGGUUUUGACCGGCACUGCACUACUUAACGGCACCCUCACGGAGGAACGCAUCACGCAGGCGGAAAGUCUCUGCAUGAUCGGCGGCGUGUUUGAUGAUUUUGCGGCGAAGUACGUUGCCUCCACAGUGUUCCCAAAGACUCGUAGGCUGCGUGUGGUGGACCUGGCGCACACACAAAUUACUCCCACCGACCUUCGAACGAUUCUGCACGCCUUGGAGCGAAGCCCCGCCGAGGCCCUGGAGCAGCUGUCCUUCCGUGACAUGAACCUUCACAACGAGGAGUGCGAUCUCAUUUGUAGAGUGAUGCUGAAGCAUGCCUCGCAGCUGAAGCGAUUGGAGCUGCAGCACUGCCACGUGAACGAUACUGCGGCGCAGGCAGUGGCGGAGGGUGUCGCUCAGGCGGAGGCUUUAGUGGAAGCGAGGCUUGCGGACAACAACAUCAUUCCCGCAUUUGCGAUCCCGCUGGAAGAGUCUCGGUGGCUUUUCUUUCCCUCCUCGCUCAAGCUGCUUGACGUUAGCGGCAACCGCAUCGAGUCUGUUCAUACUUGUGGCCUCUCCGUUAGUCUGAGUCGUUGCGCCGCCUCUCUGGAGGAGCUUUACAUGUCGCGAUGUUGCGUGACCGAGUCGUUGCUAACCACACUUCUGCGCGUGGGGUUUCACUCCUCACAUUCUCUUCGCGUGCUAAAUGUCUCCUCUGGUCGCCUUUUACACACGGCCGGUAAAGUGUUGUGUAGCGUGCUUAGCGAGUGCCCAAAUUUGGAGAGGUUAUACGUGCAGGGCAACUUUAUUGAGGCGGAUGGUGCCGCACAAAUAGCCCUUGGUAUUCCAUGUGCGAAGCGCCUGGCGGUGUUGGGCUUGGGGAGCUGUCAUUUAUCUGGUGUGGGUGUGCAAGUUAUUGCAGAAGCAGCACACAAAUGCUCAUCUCUGCGUGAACUGGAUUUUUCUAAUAAUUCGGUGACGGAUGCAGACGUCUUUCACAUUUGUGCGCGUCGUGAGGACAGUAGCCUGAUGUUGAGUUUCCUCGACUUAUCGGAUAAUCCCCUGUCGGAGCUGUGCAGGCCAGCUCUUGAAGCUCUGUUAAGGAGGAAUAAGACUGGUAGCUGCACCGUACUGGUUCGCGGUACGGCUCUUGGGGCUGAUUUAUCUUAUCUGCGAUGCGACAAUUUAUAG